AUGGCCCUGGAGCGGGCGCUGCAGGCAGCGCGGCUGGGCGAGCUGGACGUGCUGAAGUCCCUGCAGGGCGCAGGCCUGCUGGGGCCCUCUCUGCGCGAUCCGCUGGACGCGCUGCCAGUGCACCACGCUGCCCGCGCCGGCAAGCUGCACUGCCUGCGCUUCCUGGUGGAGGAGGCCGCCCUGCCCGCCACGGCCCGCGCGCGCAACGGCGCCACGCCGGCCCACGAUGCCGCCGCCACCGGCCACCUCGCCUGCCUGCAGUGGUUGCUCUCGCAGGGCGGCUGCAGGGUGCAGGACAAAGACAAUUCUGGUGCCACAGUCCUGCAUCUGGCUGCCCGCUUCGGCCACCCGGAGGUGGUGGACUGGCUGCUGCAUCAUGGCAGUGGGGAUCCCACUGUGGCCACAGACAUGGGCGCCCUGCCUAUCCACUAUGCCGCCGCCAAAGGAGACUUCCCCUCCCUGAGGCUUCUCAUCAGGCACUACCCUGAGGGAGUGAAUGCCCAAACCAAGAACGGUGCCACGCCCUUGUACCUGGCGUGCCAGGAGGGCCACCUGGAGGUGACGCAGUACCUGGUGCAAGAGUGCGGCGCGAACCCGCACGCGAGCGCCCACGACGGCAUGACCCCGCUGCACGCUGCGGCGCAGAUGGGCCACAGCCCGGUCAUCGUGUGGCUGGUGAGCUGCACCGACGUGAGCCUGUCGGAGCGGGACAAGGAUGGCGCCACGGCCAUGCAUUUCGCGGCGAGCCGCGGCCACGCCAAAGUGCUCAGCUGGCUCCUGCUGCACGGUGGCGAGAUCUCCGCCGACCUGUGGGGCGGGACCCCGCUGCAUGACGCCGCCGAGAAUGGGGAGCUGGAGUGCUGCCAGAUCUUGGUAGUGAACGGCGCGGAGCUGGACGUCCGCGACCGCGACGGGUACACGGCCGCCGACCUCUCGGACUACAACGGCCACAGCCACUGCACCCACUACCUGCGCACCGUGGAGAACCUGAGUGUAGAGCACCGCGUGCUGUCCCGGGAUCCGUCCGCUGAGCUGGAGACCAAGCAACCCGACUCGGGCAUGUCCUCGCCCAAUACUACCAUGUCGGUCCAGCCACCGAACUUUGACCUCAGCUCGCCCACCAGCACCCUCUCCAACUAUGACUCCUGCUCCUCCAGCCACUCCAGCAUGAAGGGCCAGCGCCGCCCCCUGUGUGGGCUUCCCAGUGCAAGGGCUGCAGAUAUACAGAGCUACAUGGACAUGCUGAGCCCGGAGCUGGGCCUGCCCCGUGACAAGAUGGAGAGAAGCACACCACCACCACCCAGCUUCCCUCCGCCACCCCCACCCCCAGGCACCCAACUGCCCCCACCUCCACCAGGCUACCCAGCUCCCAAGCCCCCUGUGGGGCUACAGGCAGCUGACAUCUACAUGCAGACCAAGAACAAACUCCGCCACGUGGGGACUGAGCCCUUCAAGAAGGAGCUGAGCUCCCGCGACGGCCACAACGGGCUGCGGAGGCAGGACUCCAGCCGCAAGCCCCGCGCCUUCAGCAAGCAGCCCAGCACGGGGGACUACUACCGCCAGCUGGGCCGCUGUCCCGGGGAGCCGCCGGCCGCACGCCCGGGCAUGGCGCACAGCGAGGAGGCGGCGCUGCUCCCCGGGAGCCAUGUGCACAACGGCUGCGCCGCGGACCCCAAGGCGUCCAGGGAGCUGCCGCCGCCGCCGCCACCGCCGCCGCCCCUGCCCGAGGCCCUGAGCUCGGCGCCGCCUGCUCCGCCUCUGCCCUUUGAGGGCGCCGGUCCCGGCUGCGGGCAGCGGCGCUCCUCCUCGUCCACUGGCAAAGUGAGAGUCCUGAGGCACAGGAAGAGCACCAAGUCUUUCAACAUGAUGUCCCCGACGGGCGACAACUCUGAGCUGCUGGCUGAGAUCAAGGCGGGCAAGAGUCUGAAGCCGACGCCGCAGAGCAAGGGGCUGACCACAGUGUUCUCCGGCAGCGGGCAAACGGCCUCCCAGUCCGACUCGCCGCUGCUGCCGGCGUCGCCCGCGCCGUCACGGGCCCGGAGCCCCACACCGCCGGUUGCAGGACCCCAGCCGCUGCUCAACGGUAGCGUGGCGCCGGCGCCGCCCGCCACCCCUGCGCCUGGCGUGCAGCUCGAUGUGGAGGCGAUCAUCCCCACACACGACGAGCAGGGCCGGCCCAUCCCGGAGUGGAAGCGCCAGGUGAUGGUGCGCAAGCUGCAGCUGAAGAUGCAGGAGGAAGAGGAGCAGAGGCGGAAGGAGGAGGAGGAGGAGGCCCGGCUGGCCAGCAUGCCUGCCUGGAGGCGGGACAUCCUGCGGAAGAAGCUCGAAGAGGAGAGGGAGCAGAAGCGGAAAGAGGAGGAGCGACAGAAACAGGAGAAGAUGCAGCGGGAGAAAGAGCAGUCGGAGAAGCUGCGGACGCUGGGCUACGACGAGACCAAGCUGGCGCCUUGGCAGCGGCAGAUCAUCCUGAAGAAGGGAGACAUCGCUAAGUACUAGAUGCCGCCCUCCUGCACGCAGCCUUCCGAGUUCGUAGGGGGGGCCCCCAGCUCCCGCCCCGGCCUGGCAGGCCCGGGAGCCGCACCGCCCUCCCCUCCCGCGCUGGAACCCCUCCCUGACCCUCACCACAGGCCCCGCAUCCUCAGCCCGGGUGACGCCGGAGCACGCCCGCCCCCGCAGUCGCCCAGAAAAAGUGCCCAAGCUGUUGACGCAAAAAGAUGCUGCUUAUUUGCAUGCCUACUUACAUAUAUUUGCAUGUUCGUUGAAUGUCAAAAUGUGCAGAGCUCUCCCUAGCCCCGUGGGUGGUGACUUUGAUUUCCCCGCGGGGAGCGCACCGGCUGCAGCCCCCUCCCCCGCACCCCGGAACCCGCGUGGCUGGCGCAUCCUGGGCGGAGGCGGGCCCCACGCUCGGGGAAGGGGUUUUCCUCCCUCCCUGACCCAGAUCUGCGCCCGGCCUAGCCGGGGCCACAUUUCCCAUCCCCGCCAAGGGUUUCCUCUCAGUCAUUUGUUUACCAGAAACGAUGAAAACUGCAAACUGCCCGUCGGGACGGAGUUGCCGCUCCUGGGGCCCCACCUCUGCCCCCACUUCCCUCCAGUUAAGUCUGCGCCCCGUCCCGGCUAGGCCCCGCGCUCCUCGGACCCUUUCACUGCCCUGGUGGAGUGAGUGGAGGACGAGGGGCCCUGGACCUGCCUCCAACUGCUGCCUCCCCAGUCCCCGCGCCCCCGCCGUCUCGCACCCCCAUUAAAGCCCU